UGUUUUGACUCUGUCAAAGUAGCAGUUUUCGGUAUUACCGUGAUACAGGAGUAUCGUGUGUUUCUUGAUUUUCGAACAAAUUACGCGAAAGAAUUGUUGUCAAUGAGCGAUGGAAGCCGGAGCGAGUACAGGAACUCGUACGACGCGUUUUAUGAUGGAAGGCGUUGGCGCUCGAGUAAUCCGCGGGCCCGAAUGGAAAUGGGGAAAACAGGAUGGUGGAGAAGGUCAUGUGGGAACUGUCAGAAACUUUGAAUCACCGGAGGAGGUUGUUGUCGUGUGGGAUAAUGGCACAGCUGCGAACUAUCGAUGUGCUGGAUCUUUUGAUCUUCGUAUAUUAGACUCUGCUCCAACAGGAGUAAAACACGAUGGAACAAUGUGCGAUACCUGUCGCCAACAACCUAUUUUUGGAAUAAGAUGGAAGUGCGCUGAAUGUGGCAAUUACGAUCUCUGCUCCAUUUGCUAUCACGGAGAUAAACAUCACUUGCGACAUCGAUUCUUUCGUAUUGCGACACCAGGAAGUGAAAGGGUUUUAUUAGAGCCUCGACGAAAGAGCAAAAAGAUUGCAAUUCGUGGCAUAUUCCCUGGUGCAAGAGUGGUACGAGGUGUUGACUGGCAAUGGGAAGAUCAAGAUGGAGGUAACGGCCGCCGAGGAAAGGUUAAUGAAAUUCAGGACUGGUCUGCAGCUAGUCCACGUUCAGCAGCGUAUGUUAUCUGGGAUAAUGGUGCAAAAAACUUGUACAGAGUUGGCUUUGAAGGCAUGGCGGACUUGAAAGUAGUUAAUGAUGCAAAAGGACAAACAGUGUACAGAGAGCAUUUACCACUACUAGGUGAGCAGGGUCCGGGUCGAACAGGACCUCAUCUGCAAAUUGGCGAUCAGGUCAAUGUCGAUUUAGAAUUAGAAAUUGUUCAAUCGUUACAACACGGUCAUGGAGGUUGGACAGACGGCAUGUUUGAAUGUCUCGGUACAACGGGAACAGUCGUCGGUAUUGAUGAGGAUCAUGAUAUUGUCGUAUCUUAUCCGAGCGGCAAUAGGUGGACUUUUAAUCCCGCUGUGCUAACUAAAGUUCAGAUACCCGUUCCUGUUACUAGCUCAAGCUCUGACAAUCAGACGUUUGCUGUUGGAGAUUUGGUUCAGAUAUGUAAUGAUAUUGAAAAAAUUAAAUUGCUCCAGCGUGGUCACGGAGAAUGGGCCGAAGCUAUGGCUCCGACUUUGGGAAAAAUAGGCAGAGUACAACAAAUAUAUCACGAUGGAGACUUAAAAGUGGAAGUCUGUAGUACAUCAUGGACGUAUAAUCCUCAAGCUGUUACAAAAGUAGCUAGCAACGACGGAAGUCUUCCAGGACAUAGUAGUGGUGAACGAUUAUCAGCGUUAUUAAAGAAAUUAUUCGAAACGCACGUCUCCGGUGACGUAAACGAAGAAUUAGUAAAAACCGCCGCGAAUGGCGAUGCUGCUAAGUGCGAAGAGUGUUUAAAACGACCGGAAGCCGAUGUUAAUGGUGUAUUUGCUGGACACACUGCUUUACAAGCCGCAAGUCAAAACGGCCACUUGGAAGUUAUCAAAAUACUACUCCGAUACAAAGCAGAUGUUGAAAUAGAAGAUAAAGAUGGUGAUAGAGCUGUACAUCAUGCCGCUUUUGGUGACGAGCCAGGAGUUAUGGCACUUCUGGCUGGUGCCGGCGCCGAUCUGAACGCACGAAAUAAAAGACGUCAAACUGCUCUUCACAUCGCGGUUAACAAAGGACACGCUGGUGUUGUGCGAACUUUGCUGGAGUUAGGAUGUCAUCCGAGUCUUCAGGAUUCCGAAGGUGACACGCCCCUUCACGACGCGAUCUCUAAGAAACGGGAUGACAUGUUGGCUCUGUUGUUGGACCACGCCGCAGACAUCACCCUUACCAACAACAAUGGCUUCAACGCUCUGCACCACGCUGCUCUUCGUGGCAACCCAAGCGCGAUGAGAGUGCUGCUCUCCAAAUUGCCGCGACCUUGGAUCGUUGACGAGAAGAAGGACGACGGUUACACGGCCCUUCACCUGGCAGCUCUCAACAAUCAUGUGGAAGUCGCCGAACAACUGGCACGCGCCGGAAAGGCCGAUCUGGACUUGCAGAACGUGAACUUGCAGACCGCUCUGCAUCUAGCGGUUGAGCGUCAACACACGCAAAUAGUUCGGUUGUUGGUUCGCGAAGGCGCGAAUCUGAACGUCGCCGACAAGGACGGGGACACGCCCUUGCACGAAGCCCUUCGACAUCAUACGUUGUCGCAACUCCGGCAACUGCAGGAUGUGCAAGACGUCGGACGGUUGUUAAUGGGCCUAGGCACCCAGGGUCAGGACAAGAAGAGUAGUUCCUUUAUUGCCUGUUUCCUGGCGGCACACGGCGCGGAUUUGGAAUUAAAGAACAAGAAGGGCCAGACGCCAUUGGAUCUCUGUCCUGAUCCAAAUCUCUGCAAGACUCUCACCACCUGUCACAAGGACAAAGAGUCACACGACAUCGAGACCACCACUCCGUCAGGGGAAAUUGUGCUGUGCGAUGAGUGUCUCGUGUGCUCCGAUGGUAAACGGGAGGUGCUUUUCGGUCCUUGCGGACACGUGGCUUGUUGCAACGCUUGCGCGCCAAGAGUAAAAAAAUGUCUCAUUUGUCGUGAAAAUGUUCUUACGCGGGUGAAGAUCGAAGAAUGCGUUGUGUGUUCGGAUCGUAAAGCGGGCGUGCUAUUCCGUCCGUGCGGACACACAUGCGCCUGUGAGAGCUGCGCGGCCCUUAUGAAGAAGUGCGUGCAAUGCCGGGCGCAAAUACAGCACAUGGUACCGCUCUCUGUUUGCUACGGCGGCAGUAGUGACGUCAAUUAUGUAAAAGGAUGCAAUGCCUCAGGAACGAUAUCCGAAGUCAAGGCGGAUUCUGAGGAAGAACUGGCGCCCUCGAACAACACCGGAACAGGAGAAGCUCUACUAAUGAACAACGGCAGUCGAGAUACACACAGCGAUAUACAAAAACUGCAGCAGCAAUUGCAGGACAUCAAGGAACAGACUAUGUGUCCCGUAUGUCUGGAUCGUUUGAAAAACAUGAUCUUCCUGUGCGGACACGGUACUUGCCAAAUGUGCGGCGACCGGAUGUCGGAGUGUCCGAUAUGUCGCAAGGCAGUGGACAAGCGCAUACUGCUCUAUUAAAAUUAGAGAAACUAUUUAAACCGACCGCAUAAGCGCGCCGUAUAAUUGAAAAUAAUCAUGCGAACUAUAAUCCACAAUUGUUCGCAAUAAUUGUUUGCCAAGAAAAAAACAAUUGUCGCUUUCUUACGCAAUGUUUGUUUCAAACAACAAAAAAUUAAUUAUUAAAUAUUCAGUAUAAUCACACAAAGCAUAAUUGCGUAUAACAGCAUGAAAACGAACAGUGCGCUUUAACAUUGUAAUUGACGAAUAUAUCUUCCAACAAAAACAAAUGAAAUUUCGGACUUGCAAAUAAGGUGAGUAAGUAAAAAAGCUCAUUGUUAAAACUGACCGCGAUAAACAUGACACGCACAGGUUUUCUUCAACAUACGUACUUCUAUGAUAGAGGAAAAAAACUCGUCUGAACAAUAUAACGUAGGUCAUAUAUAUGUUAACGUAGGUCAUAUGUAUGUUGCGUUUUUAUAUAUACAUAUAGCAAAACCGAACCGCAGAGUAAAAACGUGAUAAAAACAAACAUCGUAAUCCGUUUGAAAGUUUCAUGCGUGUUUUUUAUUUUUUUUCAUGGCAACACUUUCAAAACACGUUUGUUCUAUUUUGCGUCUAUAUGUGUAUACACACACACACAUACACAUAUAUAUGUAUAUAUAUGUAUGUGUGUGUACAUAUAUAUAGAUAUAUAAUAAGUUGCGUUUGACAUAAUAUUGACUACCUUAUAAUUAUACAUAAAUGGUAAUUAUAUAUAAGUCUAUAUUAGUAUAAGUAUAUAUUAGAAUUAUAUAAAAUUUACAUAUAUAUAUAUACACAUAUAUAUUAUACAUAUUUUAGUAUUAAUUUGUAAGUAUAGUUCAGUGAGAUUUUCUACAGAAUUUUUAUUUAUCAUUCGUAAAUGAUUAUGGUCAAAAAUCAUUUACAUUAAGGAACAUUGAUCUUGAUAUAUGUUAGAGUCAUCAUUAGUAGUAUUCAAAACGUUUCAAUUGUUAUUAUAAUUAUUUAUUGUAUAUUUAUCAUCAAGAUCAGGCGCACAUUUGCGAUUUUCUGUCGUCGCAAAAUCUUUACAAUCGCGAGUGAUUAUUGACGGUGGCGAUUAAAAGUUGUUCGGGAAAAAAAAUCCUGCAUAUAAGUUCGAUAUCUGAUUAUAAAUAAUUAUAAUAUAAUUGUAAAUGAGAUUAUGAGAUAAUUUCAUAUAUAAUUGUAUAUAAUUACAUACAUUCUAUGUAAUUACAUACGUAAGUAAAUAGAAAUUGUUCAUUAUAUGAAGAGGACUUGUUUCCCGGACAGUGCUCACUUAACAAACACCAAAUAAACAAUAAUAUUUUUCAAUCGCAUUUAUCAAUUCGGCCAAUUAAUCAAUCCAAUGUUUGCAUUUUCUGUUUGUUUAGUAUUCGCUGAGUGAGUAUCGUGUUUAAAUUGAAAAAAAAUUCUUUCACUUUUGCGUUUAUAUUAUAUAUGAGAUCUCUCAUCUUACAAAGUUUACAAAAAUUUGUAUAAAAAGUACUCAAUUUUGUUAUAAAAUUUAAAACAAUGUUUGCAAACUGUACAAUAUUUGAUCUUGUUGAUUGAGAAAAUCGCUUGUGCACGCCUAGUCUGGAGAUUGGUAUUCUCGUAUAUCAUUAUAAAAUAAUUUCUGCAAUUAUUAUCUUUCUGCAUGUAAUUGAGAAAAAAUGUAUAAUAAGACGUAGGAAGUUCUUCCGUAUAUUAUUUAUUAUAAAAACACAAAUUGAACACUUAGUUUUUAUCUUUUUAUGUGAAUUUCCAGACUUCACAUAGAUAAAAUAUAUUUGUAUGAUAUUGUAGUUUUUGGAAUAUUAAAAUAAAAAC